ACGAAAAUCCACGAACGAUUACGAAGGGAGCAUAUUUCACUAUAUUCGAUACGAAUAUUCCAGGUGUACGUCACGUAUUGUGUGCGCCUUAAAUACUCCAGGAUUCUAUUGCGUCACAAUCACAAAUUCGAGUCUAGAAUACUCUGGAAUACUUUGGUUUUCACGCAGUGACUUGAAGGCAUUGGAUUAUUCCUCAGUUACUGUGGUGGCAGGUAACCGCGCCAUAACUUUACUACAUUGAGAAGUUUCGCUAUUGAUUCUAGAUAAACUACAAAUACCUAUUUUGCAGAUCGGUAUGGCAGCAGCAAACUUCACUGGAAAUGGACAGCAGAAAACGCUCGAAGACUUAUUUUGUUCGCCCGAUUUAACUGCUGGACUACACGGCCAGUUGAUAUUUAUUUUAGUUUUUAACUCUUUUCUGUCCGUUACUGCAUUUCUUGGGAAUGCUCUGAUCCUAAAUGCUCUUUACAAGGAGUCUUCGCUUCAUCCGCCCUCCAAACUCUUACUUCGUUCCCUUGCAACAACUGAUCUCUGCGUCGGUCUCAUUGCAGAGCCUCUGGCUAUUACCUAUUGGAUGUCUGUGGUGAAUGAACAUUGGAAUACUUGCCCUCACCUUACAGCGGCAAGUUUUAUAAUAGGUUAUAAUCUGUGUGGAGUGUCGGUCGGAACAAUGACUGCAAUAAGCGUGGACAGACUUCUCGCCCUGUUGUUGGGGCUGAGAUACAGACAAGUUGUAACUUUAAAUCGAACCUACGUGAUCGUUUUUACCUUAUGGCUUUUGCCCGCAGUCUUUUCAGCAAUGUACUUGUGGAAUCCCCUCACAACCUUAUGGUAUGGCAUCGUCAAUAUACCACUGUGUCUUAUAAUCUCUAUUUCUUCUUACACAAAGAUUUUCCUCUCCCUCCGUUAUCAUCAAAAUCAAAUACGAGACCGAGUUCAACAACCGAACCAAACAAAUCAACUUAACAUAGCGCGAUACAAAAUGGCAGUGUCCAGUGCAAUAUGGCUGCAACUGACGCUGGUCGCUUGUUAUCUUCCCUAUAGCAUAGUGGAGGCUUUGCGGGCCAAGAGUGGACUAUCUGAAUCUCUUUAUCUUGCUUGGAUUUAUACGGCCACGUUAGUUUUCUUAAACUCGUCAUUAAACCCGAUUCUUUUCUGUUGGAAGCUAAAUGAAGUCAGAAAAGCGGUGAAGGACACAAUUAGACAAGUGCUUUGCCUUCGUUUUUCGAGUUAGCUCUUGUAGUCCAAUAUGAUGAAAAGUUAAUGAUGUUUUAAGACUGGGAUUUAAAAGUUCUCGUGAGCAUUACCUGAAAUUAAAAGCGAUGCUUACUCAU